GUUUUGAUUCAGUUGUUGAUUUGUUUUGUUUAACAACAAUUAAGAGACUGAUUCAGUUAAUUGAUUUGAUUAAAAGUCUUUUUGAUUGACUAUUGUCAUUGUUUUGAUUCAGUUUAAUCAUUGAGAUUCUGAGGUUUUAAGUAUUUUGUUGUUGUUGUUUAUUUGUUAUUUGGUCUUUUGAUUUGGUUUUCAUUUCUGAUUGUCUUUGUUUUCUGUUGAUUAAUUUUAAUUGUCAUGGCAGAAUCUAAUCAGAUUGAGAUUCAAGGAAUCGGUGUAAUAUCAUGUUCAUCUUUUACUCCUUCUCAAAUUAUUGAAAAGAUUAUUGGAAACUCUUAUGACUCAUCUAAUUACGUUAAACAUCAAUUUGGAAAUCAUUUACUAUCCUGUUAUCCAUGGCACUUGUCAACAAAAUAUUAUGAUGCUGAUGUUUUCUUCAUUGAGAUUGUUGAUCGUGAUCUGAUUUGUGAACAAUUUGCUGAUUCCAUUCAAGCAGUUAUACUUUACCUUGACAAUUCCGAUGAAUCAUGUUGUCAAAAAUUUCACUCAUGGAAACCAUUCAUUGAAGAGUAUAAUCCAGAGAUACGAUUACUCGUUGUGGAGACAGCUAAAGAUGACGAUGAUUCGAUAUUCAACCGAACUGCUUGCAUGAAAUGGUGUAUUAAUCAUGAAUUUGAAUUAAUUGAAUUACAAGCGCAAGUGGAAAGCGAUGAUGACGAAUAUGAAAAUGAUUUUGUUGAGUCAAAUGGCACCAAGAGGAUAAUGCAAGCAUUAAGUGCUCAUACUUGGCCUUUCAUGGAAAUGCAUGAUUCGCCUCAAUAUAAGCCUUCACCUAAAUUUGAAAAUCUUUUAAGAAAUGAAUUUGAAAGUAGCUCUUCUCGAAUUGGUUUAAAUGGUCAAUUGGAUGAUAGAAAUGUUACUCAUAAGGAAGAUGCUGAUGAUGAGGAAGAGAUUAAUUCCUCAACUCGACAAAGAAUCGAUUCCAUUUUCGAAGAAGACAAGGAAAUCUUUGAGAAACUCAGUGAAAAUCAGGACGUCGAACUGGACGAUUUGUUUGGUAAAUUCAAAGAUUUAAAAAAAAAAGCAGAAACCCUGUCAGGGGAAGAGAGGCGACUUUACGCUGAGAAGAUCACUCUUGCCUUUUGGCGAUCUCUUGGUGGCCCUGACGAUGAAAUCGAAGGUCUCGACGAUUAACUAGCAAUCUAAUCUAACAUCGGAUUACAAGUUCUCAUCAUCAUCAUCUUUCCAAUAAUAGUAUAAUAAUAUUAUUAAUACCACAAGAUAUCUUAUAUUUGGUAAUUGAAAUCGUGUUUAUUGAAAAAUAUGAUAAAAUACAUUUACAAAUGUA